AACACAUAAACUAAACGCUCACACACACCGCACACAUACACAAACACGGGCGCUCAGACAGCUUGAUAAGCGAUUUACAGUUACAGAUCCAGCACGCAAUUCCCGGCCAAUUGAAACGAUUUAAAGAUCGCCAGUGGAAGAGAGCGGAGGCGACACCACCACACACGAACACACACACGCACACACAUACGCGCACUGUGGCAAGAGGCAGCGUUCUUUGUUGCAAAUUACCGUUGCAGCCACCUUUACCGCGCCACCACCCCCUCCAUUCCCAUUCGCCCCACCAAUCCACGAUCCACGAUCUGCGAUCCGCCAUCCGCAGGCCAGUUGCUUCCAGCCAGUGAUCAGAUGCAGACGUCUCGCUGAAAAGGAGCGCACAGCCAGAGCAGAAGAAGAACCAUGUCGGCGGUGAACCAGAAGGAGAGUCCCAGCCGGGACUCGACGGCCUCCACAUCCGGGCACAUCUCGAUGCUGGCGGACAACACAUUGGAGUCGCUGUCGCGGGACUACAGCCUGGGCAGCUUGAACUCGGCGGGCAGCCAGGAUGAGUUCUUUCGGUGUCGCGACCAUGCGGAUAAUAUACUCAAGCGGAUGCAGCUCUACGUGGAUAGCCAGCAGCUCUGCGAUGUGGUCCUAAUCGCUGGUAUCGAUGGAAAGAGGGUGCCCGCCCACCGCCUGGUGCUAUCGGCGUCGAGCGCCUACUUCUCGGCCAUGUUCACGGGAUCGCUGCGCGAGACCAAGGAGCAGGAGGUGACCCUCGGCGAGGUGCACGGCGAUGCACUGCAUCUGCUGGUCCAGUACUGCUACACCGGCUUCAUUGAGAUGCGCGAGGACACCGUGGAGACGCUGCUGGCCACCGCCUGUCUGCUGCAGCUAAACGCCGUGGUGACCGCCUGCUGCAACUUCCUGGCCCGCCAACUCCAUCCAUCCAACUGCCUUGGGUUCGCCUUCUUUGCGGAGCAACAGAGCUGCACCACGCUGCUGCGUCUGGCGCAGGCCUACACCUGCCAGUACUUCAUGCAGGUGUGCCAGAACCAAGAGUUCUUCCAGUUGAACGCCGAUCAGUUGGGCAAGCUGCUGAGCAGCGAUGAUCUCAAUGUGCCCUCGGAGCAGGAUGUCUUUCACAGUCUGAUGUCGUGGGUACGCCACGAUUCCCCUACCCGUGAGCAGCACAUACCGGAGCUGUUGGCCCUGGUGCGACUGCCCCUCCUGCAGCCAGCAUUCAUCAUGGACCACGUGGAGAACGUGUGCAAUGCCAACGAGUGCCAGCAGCUGGUAAUGGAGGCCUUCAAGUGGCACCUGAUGCCCGAGCGCCGAUCUCGAAUAGCUACCGAGCGAACCACGCCGCGCAAAUCCACAGUAGGUCGUCUCCUGGCCGUCGGCGGCAUGGAUGCCCACAAGGGCGCAAUCAGCAUCGAGAGCUAUUGCCCGCGUUUGGACAAGUGGACACCGUGGAAGCACAUGACCGGUCGUCGCCUGCAAUUCGGCGCUGCUGUCAUGGAGGAUAAACUGAUCCUAGUGGGCGGACGUGACGGGCUAAAGACCCUGAACACCGUGGAGAGUUUGGACCUGAAUACGAUGGCCUGGGCACCGCUCAAUGCCAUGGCCACGCCUCGUCAUGGACUGGGCGUGGCGGUGCUGGAGGGUCCACUCUAUGCGGUGGGCGGUCACGAUGGCUGGAGCUACCUGAACACCGUGGAAAGAUGGGAUCCCAUUGCCCGCACUUGGAGCUAUGUGGCGCCCAUGUCCUCGAUGCGUUCCACCGCCGGCGUUGCUGUCCUGGGCGGUCGACUGUAUGCGGUGGGCGGACGUGAUGGUUCCGUCUGUCAUCGCUCCAUCGAGUGCUACGAUCCACACACCAACAAAUGGAGCCUUCUGGCGCCGAUGAACAGGAGACGCGGCGGCGUGGGCGUGACGGUGGCCAAUGGUUUCCUGUACGCCUUGGGUGGUCACGACUGUCCGGCCAGCAAUCCAAUGGUCUGUCGCACGGAGACGGUGGAGCGCUACGACCCAGCCACCGAUACCUGGACUCUGAUCUGCUCACUGGCCUUGGGCCGGGACGCGAUCGGAUGUGCCCUACUGGGCGAUCGCCUGAUCGUCGUCGGCGGCUACGAUGGCAAUCAUGCGCUGAAGAGCGUGGAGGAGUACGACCCGGUGCGGAAUGGAUGGAACGAACUGGCGCCCAUGGCAUUUGCAAGGGCCGGCGCCUGUGUGGUGGCGAUUCCGAAUGUCAUACCGCCGGCGGCCCAACAGCCGCCGCCCAGUGCUACAGUUUAGUCUAAACCCACUCCACUUUUGGUUGCAGUGUAGGCUCGCUAAUUGCAUCGCUUAUUUUGGAUAAAAGUCUUGGCUUUUUAAAAACGAUUUGCAUUUACCAAGCAGCCAAAUUUUUACUGUAUUAGAUUGUAUCAUAUACAAAGAGAUUCGUAUUUGAUACCCAUUAUUUGGGUAUAACUUUAUAAAUCGCAUUAAAUGCUAGUGCAUUUUGCAAGAUGUUUUGCUCGAAAAUUUAUGCAGACAAAGUUUAGAUUUAUAAAUAAUAAUAUAAAUUAAUUUUACAAAAUCAAGCAUUCCACAUUUGCAAAAGAUACUUGCUUAAAUACUACUUCAUUUACAUCAUUUCCAUUUACGUGUAGAUAUUUAGGGACUUUAGAGGGCAAUCAUCGAAAGUAGUUUCAUAAGUAGCUACCAUUUGACUUGAAAGCGAUGCACUUAGCGAGAGAACACUGCACCCAAUUCUAAAGUAGUUGUUGUUACUGUUGCUGUGAGCUGCUCGUGGUUGUUGCUCGUGUUCCUUAACCCGAAAAGUUUGAAACUGCAGCUCACCCCGCCUCGCUCUCGUCUGUGUUCUGACAUGAAUCCCUGUGGUAUGGCAUACACCCAGAACUCACCCACUUUCCACACACCCGAACCCAGUAUUUCCUCCAUAACUCUGCUCUUUUCGGCUUAACUAUAAAAAUAAGUAAAACAAAAAAAGAAAGAAAAAUCAGUGAAAUCUCAUAGGUUUAAAGAAGUGCAUGUUGCGAGGCUUCCAAUUCCAAUCUAAAAUCGAUCCCUAGCUGUAAUUAACCAACGUAUUUUACACGAUACCCUAGUUUUUAAAAAUUCUCCAUUCCACUCACUCCACACGGUGUCGUACGCUUCACACACUGCAUGCCAUCUCGCUCGCACCGGUGACGGGCCCACAUUCCAUGUGCAUAAAUCGUAUGAACAUAUAUAUAUCCUAGACAAGACUGCGCCACGCCAAAAUUCCAAAAAAAAAAAACUUAAUUGCUCAUUUUUGCAUGUGAAGUGUGCGAAACCAUUAACCAUUA